AUGACGAAGAUCUUCUUUACCGGUGCAACAGGAUAUAUUGGUGGUGAUGCACUGGCUACGCUUGUUGCAAAACAUCCCGAAUUAUCAUUUUCAGCGCUGGUUCGCAGCUCAGAAAAGGCAGAGCAGAUUAAAGCCCAGUAUCCGAAUAUUCGGAUUGUCCUCGGUGAUCUGGAUGACUCGGCUUUACUAGAACGGGAGAGUGCCGCCGCCGACAUUGUCCUGCACACGGCAGACGCUUCGGACCAUGUGGGAGCUGCAAAAGCGAUCGCGGCGGGCCUUGUCGCUGGUCACUCGAAAGAAAAUCCAGGUUACUGGUUACACACAGGAGGAACUGGAAUCCUGACAUACGAAGACAGCGACAGUGGCGAGUAUGGGCGCCAGAGCGACAAGGUCUACGAUGACUGGGAUGGCGUGGAAGAGUUGCUCAAUCUCCCCGAUCAUGCUUUUCAUCGCAAUGUAGACCAACUCGUAUUAGCGGCCGGCGAGACACACGCCGAAAUCAAAACUGCGCUUGUGUGUCCUCCAACAAUUUACGGUAUGGUAUCCCUGAAAAGAAAUUAUCCCUUACAAAACGUCCAACUCACAGUUUCAAAAGGUCAAGGUCGUGGGCCGUGUUCACAGCGUGGGCGUCAGGUAUAUGAGCUAGCGAAUGUUACACUGCGACUUCGGAAAGGACCGAUAAUCGGCGCAGGCCAUUCCAUCUGGAACAAUGUCCACAUCCAUGACCUAAGCGAUGUAUAUGCACUCCUCGUGGAUGCUGCCAUUGCACACCGGUCCGAUCAAGGGCUCUGGGGUACCAAGGCCUACUACCUCACCGAAAAUGGGGAACACUGCUGGGGAGAGCUGGCAAGGUCCAUGGCAGAGGCAGCCACAAAUCUUGGAUACUUGCCAGAAGCCAAGGCCGAGCCCAUUGAUAUAGAAAGCGCAAAAAGGUAUGCCGGCUUUGAAUCGCUCAGCUGGGGAAUGAACUCUCGCGGGAGAGCUGUGCGCGCUCGUGAGAUUUUAGGCUGGAAGCCCUGGCGUCCGAGCAUUUUGAGUGAAUUGUCUGAUAUUGUCCAAAGCGAAUGGCAACGCUUGAAGUAG